UCACUUCUGUCACCACAGCUCUGCGCUGCUCAGCGAAGCCCAAGACGUGCGAAUGGCCUGGUUUCUGCAGAGGCCAUAUCACCUAAACGCUGCAGGGCCAAUGCAGACCUUCGGAUUGACCAUAUAAUGCCUUUUAGGUUAUAAGAUAUUUCAAUGUGUAAUUCGCACUCCGACCUGAGAAAGGCAGCAAACCAGCGUCUAGUCUACCGGAACACACAAGGAAAAAUAAGUGCGUUUACAUUUUCAAACCUCUUAAAGUAUGUGCUAUUUACUACGCAUUAUUUAAGACGUACAGAUAGUUAGCGACGCUUGUUCAACAGGACUGCCUGCACUCGUUCCAAGUUACAAGCCAUGAGUUCAAACGUUUCCUUGUCAAAAGGGGAGUUGGCGGCAGCCAUCGGUGUGACUGCAGGAGCUACAGCUGCGGGCAUCCUCCUCUUCCAGUACCUCUCCAAGGGGUCAGGGGUCAAGCCCAAGGUCAACUUGGACCUGCAGAAAGACAACCCCAAAGUGGUGCAUGCUUUCGACAUCGAGGACCUCGGGGAUAAGGCGGUGUACUGCAGGUGUUGGAGAUCUAAGAAGUUUCCCUACUGUGAUGGUGCUCAUGCUAAACACAACCAGGAGACGGGGGAUAACGUCGGUCCUCUCAUCAUAAAAAGAAAGGAGGCCUGAAUCCAGGCACUCAAUCAAUCCCAUCCAUGUUAUUCCGUGACUGCUGCUGCUGACAUACUAAUGCACACAAGUGCUCUUCGCUACAGAAAGGAUGACAGUGGUUGACAGUACACUUGGUAGUUUCUCUGAAAUAUGGUGACCAAAUCCAUUUUCGGCUGUAUUUAUUUUAUUUAUUUAUUGAAGGACCAAGCAGUUAUCAUUUUCUGUUGUUGUGGAAAAUUACUUUGUAAUCAUACCUAGAAUAAUGGUAGAUAUUUCACUAGGGUUACCAAGAAAACAGGGGUGUGGGCGUACUGUAAAGCAUAGUGGUUGUAUAUAUUUAAUUGAGCUGUGGUAUCUGUGCUGUUCAGAAUGUUUUGCUUUUGAUCAAUGUUUGCCUUUCUUUUAUAAUAAUAAAAUAAUAAUAAUAUAUGCCA